CUGAAGUCAUUGUGUGCGCCACAAUCGCAUUCCGCUCUAGUCACGAAACAUAGCUGUAAUAGCCCCGCCGCAUCAAUCAUAUGCAGUCUUGCUUGGAGCGCUCAAAUCACUCGGGGGCGGCCGCCCGGGCGGCUGGGGGCCGUAUGGCAGGCUCGUUGCCACACGGUUGCCCCACCGCGCCCCACCUACAGCUGCGGCGCUCUGCCCGCGCGCUCUCCAGAAACGGAGACACCCGCCCGCUCCAACACGGGCCAACUGAAUCAGUGAAUGGGUGCCGUCUCCGGGCUGGCGCACUAGUGGCUUUGUCGGCGCAGGCAGCGCCGGGGCCCGUACUGCAGAGCGUACCGGACUUGUCCGCCUGCGAUGCUCAGCGCGGCACCCGCAGCGCGCCGCCGCUGACCUCCGGCCCCGCGUCAGGUGUUGCUACGGAAGGAUCGUUGGUACCUCAGCUGCUCGGCGAAUCUAGCAACAGUCAUGGCAGUGCGGCUUUUGAUGCGGCUACCUGCAUAGCACAGGCGGCUCGGCACGAGUGGCCCGGAUUGCGGGCUUGGCGCGCCCGUGGGGUUGACCGCCGCCUGCGCUGGUCGCCACUGCCUCAGGCCGAGCCCGGCCACAGCAGCAGCCGUAACAUUGGCAGCAGCGCCAGCAGUAGCACCGCCAACGCCGGCGGCGGUAACGGCUCAAUUCCCGGAGGCAGCACUGCUGGUGGCCCUGUGGUGGUGGGCGCAGGCGAGGCCCCAAGCCUGGCCUCGGUGCUACUGCCACCGCCUGCCCGUGGAGCCCAGCCUGACGCUGCUACUGCGGCCACAUCCGCCACGUCAUCAUCAUCAUCAUCAUCAUCAUCAUCAUCAUCAUCAGCAGCAGCAGCAGCAGCAGCAGCAGCAGCAGCAGCAGCAGCAACAAGAACAGCAACAGCUGCUAGCACUGGUGCUGGCGCUGCUGGCGCUGCUGCUACAGCCGUGCCCGCCAGUCUGGUGCAGGCGGGUUUGAUGGUGCUGCGCACGGCGUGCCCCCAGGCCAAGGCCGACCUGACGCACGCGGCCUGGUCCGCCUACUUGUCCGGAGAGCUGCCGCUGCGCGCGCCACAGGAGCAGCCCGGGAUGCUGGGGCUGCUACAGCCCACAUUGCAGCAGCAGCAGCAGCAGCAGGAGUCACAACAUCAGCUACACGAGCAAGAAGAAUGGCUUCAAGCUGAGGAUCAGGAGGCCUGGCAGGGCCGCCUUAAGAGUCAGAGCCAGCGGCAGCGGCAGCGGCAGGAGGUGAAGGCGCGACUGGAGCAGCAGCUGCCGGACCACCCCGCGCGGCCGGAACGGCCGCAGCUCGUGCGGCCCAAGGAGAUCCCUGGCCACGAGAACUCGCCGCUGGGGCUCAACGGCUACAUGUUGCACAACCUGGCGCACAUCGAGCUGAACGCGAUUGACCUGGCAUGGGACACGGUGGUGCGGUUCUCAGCACUGGAGCUGCCAGACCAGUUCUAUGAGGACUUCGCGAGGGUUGCUGACGACGAGGCCCGGCACCUGCGCUGGUGCCUGCAGCGCCUGUCCGAGCUGGGCUGCGGCUACGGCGACAUGCCCGCACACGACCUGCUGUGGCAGGGCUGCAAGCUGUCCGCGGUGGACGUGGCGGCAAGGCUGGCGGUGGUGCCGAUGUCCCAGGAGGCCCGGGGGCUGGAUGCGGGCGGGCGGCUGGUGCAGCGGCUGAGGGGCUACGGCGACAGUCGUUCCGCGGCAGUGGUGGCGCUGAUCGCGACUGAGGAGCGGGCGCACGUGGCGGUGGGCGUGACAUGGUUCGCACGCCUGUGCGCCGCGCUGGGCGUGCCAGCAGGGCCGCUGUUCAGGCGUUGGCUGCUGCACCUGAACCCGGACCUGCUCAAAGGCCCCUUCCAGCACAGCGAGCGCAACCUGGUGGGGCUGCCGCGGGACUGGUACGACCCGGUAGCCUGGCCGGAGAAAAGCGGCCUGGCCGGAGAGCAGCAGGAGGUGGAGGGGGCGGUGGCUGGGGAGAAGGAGAAGGAGGCGGAGAGACAGGGGAGGGGUGGGGAGCGGGGAGCACAGCGGGCAGGGCACGCGACGGGGGCCAUAGCUACGGGCGCUGGCCCCCUCGAGGCCGGCGCAGGCAGCGGAGGCGGAGGCGGUGGUGCUGGUGGAAACAGCAGUGGGCGGCCGGGUGUGGUGAAGCCGGUUCGCGGGGCGCCGGCGGCGCGGCUGUCUGGGCCGCUGCCGCGGUUGAGCGAAACGCAGCUGCAGCUGCUGGCGGAGCGUCUGGCCGUAUUUGUGGGCGUGGAGGGCCGACGGACAUUGAGCUAGAGUUGUGGACCUCUCAUGUCGCGCGUGCGUGUCAUCUUAUAUUGCUGAUGUGCUGGCAAUCCUGUGGCCAAGUACAGAUCAUGUGUGGUCCUGAGCCGGAGCUCGUGCAGCGUCGGCAUGGGCCCUAAAGCUGGUUUGGUUGCAGAAGUCACCCCGCCUAUGACUUCAUUGGGGCCCAUACAUUCCUAGGGCUCAGCCCAUUUUCCAGCUGUACAAAGCUGACACCCCUUGUUGUUUGGCUUCUGGGGCUACAGAAGGGAUGGCUGGGACGCGGUGGUGUGUGGCACAACUAGAUGACACGAUCGCCGGCCUAUGCGGGGCUGGCAUGGGUGAUGCGCGCCACAGAGCAUGACCGCCCAGAACCCACC